AUUUCUUUGGAAAGAGGUGAAGGCUGUGUAGCCUCUAGAGCACUUCAAAUACGAUCGACCCACCACCAAUCAGUGUCUGAAAUCUCCCCGGACUACCUGUCUCUGCUUACACGUCUCUUGAGAACGAGAUCAUGACGCUGGCUCUUUCUACCCCUAACUUUUGGAUGAUGCUUGCAUCUGCUUUGCAUUGGGCCACCCUUUCGGUCCUCGCUGCUCCUAAGACAUCGAUCCCGAGCAUUGCAACAAUCGACGCUGCCUACUCCACGGCCAUGGUCGGCGGUUCAUCGCUUGCGGCAUUCAACGAGACACUGCAGACGGCGAUCCUGGACGUCGCGCUUCCUACAAGUCGACCAUCCGCGACCCCAAGCCCCAACGCAGCGGCAACGUCCAGCACGUCCGACGGCCUGUCGAGAGAAACAGCGCUCCGGAUGGCAGCAGCGCUUCGUGCGUCCGGUCCUUCUUCCCUCCCUGCUGAUGACGGAUACCCCAGCCCAGUCUUGUUUAUGUCGGUCACCGCCGCGUGCAUAGCAUUCGGUGCCAACCCACGUCCCAAGCACGUCGAACCCCUUGUGCUGCCGGUCCCCGCGCACGAUCCGGCAGGCGAACGCGCGCACCGAUACCCUCCGGCCGUCAUCUCGCAUUGCCCUGCACAUCCAACGGCGGGUUCGGCUGCUCCGUGUGGCAGUAGCGCAGAAGAAUGAUACAGGCUGCUCGGCACUGACAACCAAGCUCUUC